AUGGCUCAGCCCAGCGCGCAGCAGCAGCUGCUGCUGCAGCAGCAUUUGCUGCAACAGCAGCAGCACAGCGACUACCUGCCGUCUCAACCAACGCAGCAGUCCUUCACUGAUGCAGCACCCCAGCAGCAGCAGCAACAGCAGCAGCAGCAGCAGCCGUCUCUGUAUCCAGUUGCUACUGCGCCGCCUUCUACAAUACCAAUCUCAGCUUCUGCGUCUCCUGCUGCUGCUUCACUUCAGGGCGCAGCCACCACCCCAAAUGCAACAGCAACAGCAGCAGCAGCAACAACAGCAGCAGCAGCAGCAACAGCAGCAGCAGUCUCCGCUUCGCCUGUGGCAGUUAUGGGCUCUCUACAACCGCCGCAACUGCAGCAGCCGCAACUGCAGCAGCAGCAGCUGCAGCAGCUGCAGCAACAGCAGCAGCUGCAGCAGCUGCAGCAACUGCAGCAGCAGCAGCAGCUCAGCCUCACGCCGUACCCUCGACAGCCCCCUUCAUUCGCUUUCUAUUCUAUAGGGGCCUCCCUGCAGCAGCCGGGCAUGACAGGGGGGGCUUCACCGCAGCUGCUGCAGCAGCAGCAUCAGCUUCAGCAGCAGCCGCAGCAGCAGCAGCAGCACCUCUCUAUAUACGGAGCAGUGUCUUCUCCUCUGCGUCAGCAGCAGCAGCAGCAGCAGCAGCGUGUGACUUCAUUUUUCGCGAGUGAAGCGGGUGGGGGCCUAAUAAACAGCAGCAGCAGCAGCAGCAACAGCAGCAGCAGCAGCAGCAGCAGCAGCAGGAUGUCUUUAGAAGAGAUAAAGAAGGAACUGCAGCGACGAGGGUUUGUCUGCUCUGACAGUUUAUUUAGGGAGCCGCAUACAGAAGACAUUGAGCAGCUGCUUUCUUUUGCUAUUGAAGUAAUUUUAAGUACUCCUGUAGCUAAACUCAGACACGAAGAAAUAGCUGGCGAAAUACGAGUCGUCAAUCCACAGGCGUAA